AUGAAGAUGGCGAUCCCCUCCCCUGGGCGCCGGCGGUUGCUGGCGCCGUUGCUUCGCGGCUGGAGCUCCACACCGGGGUACCUGGGAGAUCUGUGCCCGUUUUGCACGAGGGCCCGCAUGAUCUUUGGGCUGAAGGAGAUCCCGCACCGGCUCAUCUUCAUGUCUUACGAUGACGCCGAGACCCCUCAAGGGCUCAUUGGUAAGAAGCUGGCACCCAUCCUCCAUCUUCCAGGCGAGAAGCCCAUGGCUGAAUCCAUGGAGAUCGUCCAGAAGCUGGACGCGGAUGCCAGGUGGGGCCCCCCACGGCUCCUGCCGGCAACUGGGCGCCCUGACUUGGCUGAGUUCGAUGCCAAGCACUGGCCCACCAUUCGAAACUUGGUGCACACGCGCUUCAUGCACGCGCCCCUGCCCGACCUGGCCUUGAGGAGCGCAAGAGACUACUUUGUGGAGAGGCAUCCCUUGGAGGAUCCGGCAACCAACAUCAGGGUGAGCCAAGAUGUGUGGAACCGUUACGAUCCGGCGCAGAAGCGUGCUCUCUACGAGCAUCACUUGAGCGAUGAGUCGCGCCUCGGCCACCUGAACGAAGAAGUGCUUCCGAUUUUCGAGAAGCUCCUCCACAGUGAAGAGGCUGUGUCCGCACCCGGUCUUGGUUUCGACGACGUCGUCCUCUUCUGCCGCUUGCGCUACGUCACAUUGGUUAAGGGCGCCCAACUUGGCGCGAAAGCUGAGGCUUAUUUGGAGAGCAUGAGCAGGAAGACCGACAUACCUUUGCUGACUAGAAUGGCGAUGUGA